GUUCCGUAUGAAGUGCCCAGAUAUGCAACAGCUUCACCAGGCUCUGGACACUCGUGGCUGGCCUGUGGGCCGUGUCCGGUUCAAUGCAUAAUGACUGCAUGCCACUCCGAGUGCCGCGGUCGCUCUGCACCUGAAGCUCCUCCCGCCAGUUGCCGAGUCGGCUUCGACAAGCCGCCCCAUCCACCUUCUCCAGACUCAACCCAGCUGCGACUUUCCUACUUCCCAGUUCCCAAUCAUAGCCUUUACUCCUGAGCAGCUGGAUAUUCCUACCACGAAUCAGCCCAUCCUCACCAACAACACGCCUGACCUUGACCUCUUCCGGACCCCCCUCGCCGCCAUGGCUUACAAGCCGGACGACACUGACAUCCCAGCCCUCCUCAAGGAGCUCGAUCGGCUAGCGAAUAACACCACCGACCGUCUGAGCGCCGCUGUCAACGAUGUUGACAAGAUAAUAGACAUUCUCACCGAAGCCCGUGAGAAGAUCGCCCAGUCUCCCGACCCGCAUACCACAAGCCUGACCCUCACCAGGCUGCAGAACCCAGUAAAUGAGGGCUUCGACACCAUCCAACAGGACCUCAGGAAAGUCGACAAGGUCCGGAAAAACUAUGGCAAGGUCCUCGACAAGUACUUCCCCCCGAGGCCACUGCCCACCGACGACGACGCCAUGGCAAAACACCCCGAGCUGAUCAACCGCGCCAUUGCUAUGCACCUGCUGCGGGAGGGCCAGUUCAACGUCGCCUCAACGUUCAUACAAGAGACCCAGGCCCUGGACCAGUUCCAGGAGCAGGAGCCACCGCGCGGGACAAGAGCCCAAGAGCCAGUACAACAGCCCGGCGACGACACAGACAUGGACGCCGACCACUCCGGGGCAGACGACGACGGGGACGAAGACGACGACGACACCAUCCCCAACGCGGACGCGCGGGACGCCGCCGAGGCCGGCUACGGGGGCGGCGACGACGAGCCCAUGAGCGAGGUCCGCUCGCUGCAGUCGCACGAGCUGCAGGAGAAGUUCGCGACCAUGUACCAGAUCCUCAAGGAGCUGCGGGACCACAACCUGCUCCCGGCCAUACGGUGGGCGCACGACAACAGCGCCGAGCUGGACGCCCGCGGCUCCGACCUCGAGUUCGAGCUGUGCAAGCGCCAGUACAUCUACCUCAUCCUGCAGGGCGGCGACGACGGCGCCACCGUGGCCAUGGAGUACGGCAAGGCUAACUUCCCGCGCUUUUACGACCGCCACGCGAAGGAGAUCUCGCAGCUCGCGUCCGCCCUGGUCUACCAGCAGAACCUGGCCGAGUCGCCGUACGCGCACCUGUUCCCGAGCAGCAGCGGCACGGGCGAGGCCGAGGAGGGGGACGGGACCGCCUUCGACGAGAUAGCGAGCUCGUUCACGCGCGAGUUCUGCUCCCUGCUGGGCCUGAGCGCCGAGAGCCCGCUGUACGUGGCCGCGACGGCGGGCGCCAUCAGCCUGCCGCGGCUGAUGAUGUACGUCGGGGUCCGGGCGCAGGCGCGCGCGUCGUGGACGACGGCGUCGGAGCUAGCCUUCGACACGCCCCUGCCGCGCUCCAUGAUCUACCACUCCAUCUUCGUGUGCCCCGUCUCCAAGGAGCAGACCACCGACCGCAACCCGCCCAUGAUGCUGCCCUGCGGCCACGUCCUGGCGCGCGACUCGCUCAAGAACCUCGUCAAGAGCCACCAGCGCUACAAGUGCCCCUACUGCCCUGUCGAGGGCCUGCUGAGGGAUGCCAGGCAGAUCAUACUGUGAUGGGUGGUGGGGCCCACGGUUCCUUUGCCCCCCCCCCUCCCUCCCUUUUUCCCGGAGAAGAGACGUCCGCAGCCUCUCGUCAUGGUGCCGCGGAAUGUUCUUGUAGCAGCUUAGGUAUUAGCGUGUCAAAAUAAGAAGCGAUCAUGAUGUGUUAUUUAAGAAUGAAAUGGUUUCCAGACUGUGUCGAUGUGCACCUCCUUGCACUUUGCCUUCCAUGCCAAUAGCCCAUAAUAAAGGUCAGCACAUAAACUAUGAA